GUGGCGAUGGAAAUGAGGCGAAACAAAUACUUAGAGCCACGUGGACCGAGUCAUCACGAGGCUUGACUCGGUGAAACCAGAAUCAAUUCCCGAGCUGACUCACCAUCACAUUUCAUUCCCUAAAACCCUACCUUCAGGCUUCAAGCAGCGAAAGCGCGAGAAAGUGCGAGAAAAUGGCGAGAAACUCCGUUCUUCUGCGACACCUCCUUCGAUUCUCUCCCUCGUCUCGCGCUCGUUCUUCUUCUCUGAUCGAGACCCUAGCUUCAUCUCCGAUUGCUGUCCCAUCCCCUCCCAUUCAUACAAUUUCCUCCUUUUUCACCACCGCCACCGCUAACUCUCAGUUCUCGCGGCCUUGUUUGAAUUACCGCACACUUUGCUCUUCCUCAGGUCAAUCAAAAAUUGCUCUGAUUAAAUCAGAAGAAGAGUUCAAUACUUCACUUAGCAAGGUUCAAGAUGAAUCUUUGCCUGCAAUUUUCUACUUCACUGCAGUAUGGUGUGGGCCUUGCAGGUUUAUAGCUCCUAUCAUAGCAGAGUUGAGUGAAAAGUACCCUCAUGUCACCACAUACAAGAUUGACAUUGAUCAGGAUGGGCUUGAAAACACCCUAAGAAGGUUAAAUAUUGCCUCCGUGCCAACACUCCACUUCUUUCAAAAUGGGAAAAAGGCAGCUGAAAUAAUCGGUGCUGAUGUUGCCCGCUUGAAGGAUACCAUGGAUAAACUCUACAAGAAGGACUGACAGAAGAUUUUCCAGGGUGGGAGCUGAUGGCACAUGAUAGCUAAUCUGAUGGGUGAUAAAGCUUUCUUCAGAAAGGAGAAAAGGUAUCAAUGUUGAGACUGGGUUUAGUCAGGAUUGGCUUAGCUUUGAGUCUAUGAGGCAUUUUACAUAUCGUAAAUUACAUAAGACCUGAUUAUCAAUUCACUGGUAUGAGAAAACCUCAGUAUCAAAAUCUCCGUUUUGCUUCCAAAUCUAUGGAAAUCGGAUUGUAAUGUUGUCAUCGGUUCAUUGUCAUUCAAUUGAUAAAUGAGUUUCUGAUUCAUUAUCAGAGCUCACUCCCAUUGCCACA